AUGUCUAGUAUUCACGAUAGUUCUGAUGAAGAAAGGGACUUUCAGUCCCAUAUUCAAUUACCUAGCUUACAGGAUUAUCAGAAACACAAAAAGAGAAACAGUAGUAGUACGAAUCUUGUAAAAGCUGGGAAGAAAUUCGGUAAAGCUAUACAACAAAAGGGUUCUUCUUCUAAGAAAGGUGUGAAUUCUCCAAGACAAUCGUUUGUUAGUAACGAUUCUUCCUUGAAUGAACCAGAAGUUUAUUCUGAUAGUAGUGACGAUUAUCAAGAAGGAAGCAGUAGUUUACCUAAGUUUCAAUUCAAAGAUGAUUUAAAUGCUGAAUCCAAUGUAAUGGAUGAUGAUGAAGAUGAAGGGAUGUACCCUGAAUAUGGGGAUGAUUAUGAUACCAAUCUCCCCGAUCAUUUGGAUGAGUCUGAUUCUGAUGAUGAUGAGUUAAAUCGAAACCCACCUCCACAAGGCUUAGAUCCCUUGGAUCAACCUACACAUGAUUUACAUCAACAUGCAUCAAGAGAUUCCCAUGAACUGAGAUUUUCACAUAAUUCCUUACAUUCCAAAUCAGAUUUGAAGUCCCAUUCUUCAAGAAAUUCAAGUUUAAGAAAUCAUAUUUUCAGAAGACCUUCAAUGUUUUCUAGAAAACAUGGAGAAACUGAUAUAACUGAUCAAUUGGGUAGCACCACAUCAUCACAUACAGCAAACUCUCAAAAUAGAUCAGGAGUUGUUUUCAAAGAUAUUUUAAGAAAAAUGGCUUUGCAAGAUCAAGCAUAUCCUGAAAGACCCAAUUCUGAUACUUUCAUAGGACAGAUACUCAGUAACGAUGGUAAUAUGAGUUUAAGUGGUGGUGGAUUAGUUCCUGGAGGUUCAAGAAUGUCAAGAGAGAAACCUAUUGAUGAAGAAGAAGAGAUAGGAGACGAUGAAUCAUUUGCCGAAAGAAAUUCAAUUGAACUACAAAAACUCGAUUUCGCUCAGUUGAAUAAUGAAGCUAGAAAUUUGAUUAAUGUCCAUGUACCUGAAAGAUACCGUCAAGAAACUUUCGAAGAUCAUCAGAUAGAAAGUAAUUCUUCAAGUGAAACUGUUAAAGAGAAAAGUGAUGAAAUAGAUGAAAAGGCCAGACCCAGUAUUGAUUCUAAAACUAGAAAGAAAGAAGCCGACCUUUAUGCCCCUAAUCCAGACUUGUUUCUUCGUAAUGAUGUCCAAUAUAACGAUGAUGGAGAAUUCAUGAUGCUUGAUGAAGAUUCAGAAUAUAAUAUUGCACCUCCUACUAAAGUUCAAGCGGGUGUUUUAUCCUCAUUAUUAAAAUUGUAUCAAAAUCCUGAUGAAUCAAAGUCGACUUCCUCAUUAUCAUAUGGAGAUCAUUCCACUUUACAUGAAUUUGAUGAAGAUCGUGAACCCACCAAAACAUCAUCAUCUUUUGAUAUCAUGAAAGGGUUUAAAUCUGGGGGUAAAAUGGUGAAAGACAAUUUACCUUUCUAUAAGAAGACCCAUAGUGGCCAACAAACACCUGUUGAUACAGAGGAUGGACAAAUCCCAAUAACUGAUGAAUCAGGUAUGCCAUCUUUCCAAAAUGCUAAGCCCAAACAACAUCGUAAAGCAAUGGUUAAUCCAUCCAAUGUCCCUACUAAUGUUUCUAAAAGAUUCAAGAAAGCUAAGAAGAAAGCAGCCGAACAAUUAAGAAUCACCGUUCAUAUUGCUGAUGUUCUUCAAAGACAAAGAUUCAUCAUGUUGAUGUGUAAAGCAUUAAUGUUAUUUGGAGCUCCAACUCAUAGAUUGGAAGAAUAUAUGAUAAUGACAUCACGUGUUUUGGAAAUUGAUGGUCAAUUUAUUUAUUUCCCUGGUUGUAUGAUUAUGGCUUUUGGUGAUGCUGCUACCAGAACUUCUGAAGUUCAUUUGGUAAAAUGUACUCAAGGAUUGAAUUUAUCUAAAUUAGACGAAACUCACAAGAUUUAUAAAGCUGUGAUUCAUGAUUUAAUGGGAGCUGAGGAAGCAUCAGUGAAAUUGACUAAAAUCUUGAAACUGAAAAAUGUUUAUAAUCCAUGGUUAUGUGUUUUCUUUUAUGGUCUUGGAUCAUCAAUGGUUUGUCCAUUCGCUUUUGGUGGAGGUUGGACAGAUAUUCCAAUAGCUUUUGGGGUUGGUUUAUGCGUAGGAUAUUUACAAUUCUUUGUUUCAUCAAUGUCCAACUUAUAUUCUUCAGUAUUCGAAGUAAGUGCUUCUAUUGUUGUAUCAUUCAUUGCUAGAGCCAUUGGAUCUAUCCAUGGGGGUAAAAUAUUUUGUUUUUCAGCCAUUGCCCAAGGAUCUCUAGCGUUGAUUUUACCAGGAUAUAUCAUUUUGUGUGGAUCAUUGGAAUUACAAUCUAGAAAUUUGGUCGCAGGAGCUGUUAGAAUGUUCUAUGCCAUCAUUUACUCAUUAUUCUUAGGGUUUGGAAUUACUUUAGGAGCUUCUUUAUACGGUUGGGUUGAUAAGAAUAGUGUCUCUGAAGUCACUUGCAGUGCCGAUCAUCAAAUCGAUCCCAAAUUUAGAAUUUUAUUUGUCCCAGCGUUCGCAACCAGUUUAGGAUUAAUCAACCAAGCUAAACUCAAACAAUUACCAGUGAUGUUGAUCAUUGCAUGUACGGGAUAUGUUGGAACAUAUUUUGCAGGUCUUCAUUUUUCCAAUGUCUCGGAAUUUACUGCAUGUAUUGGAGCUUUCAUUGUGGGUAUUUUAGGUAAUCUUUAUUCAAGAAUUUGGAAAGGUUUAGCUGUAAGUGCCAUGCUUCCUGCAAUCUUUGUUCAAGUCCCUUCAGGUAUUGCUUCUCAAUCUUCAUUAUUAUCAGGUAUAACAGCAGCCAAUGCCAUUACUAGUGAUGGUAAUAAUACCACGGCUUCAAAUGCUGCAUCCGAUUCAAGUUCAGGAUCAAUGAGUUUUGGUUCAGCUAUGGUGGAAGUUUCUAUAGGUAUCAGUGUUGGAUUAUUUGCAGCUGCUUUGAUUGUUUAUCCAUUCGGUAAAAAGAAAACUGGUCUUUUCUCUUUAUGA